AGCAUCACCUUUUGUUCCCUAUAAAUUGCCCCUUCACUUUCAUAUAGUUUUCGUAUAAAACGACAAUACUAUUAUUAGACCGCUUUCACAAUGAAGCUUUUUCCUACAACUGCUGUCCUUCUCUUCCUAGUGCUUCUUCUCUCAACAAAUGAAAUAGGUGGUCCAAGAAAGACAGAAGCAAAACUAUGCCAGUACCAUAGCAAAACCUUCCAUGGGGUUUGUAUAACCGGUAACAAUUGCAACCAAAAAUGCCUAGAAGAAAGAUUUGAAGGUGGACGCUGCCAUGGGCUUCGUCAUUAUCGCUGCAUCUGCUAUAGGACUUGCUAAUUUCCUUUACUACUUGUUUAUAUAUAUAUAAAUAAAUAAUAAAGUGUCUACUGUUUUAAAUAAAAUGUAAUGAUGCUCAUUAUCCUUUUCUUUUUCUUCUGUGUAAUACACUUCUACUUUUAAUAAUAAGUGAUCCAUGAGUUAUGUAUA